AUGGGGAUGUUUGAUAAAUUACUCGAAUCAUUGUUCCUUAAAACAGGCCAAGAAACAGCGGAUCGUAUGGCUCCCCUUGUACAGAGCACCGCCACUGUCGCCGAUGAGAAGGCCGUCGUGCAUCACGUGACCAACGGAGGGUGCUUCGACCACUUCGCCAAGGCGAUGGGCGAGUGCCACCCGAGUCCCCCGACGUCGGUCGUGCAGCGGGGCGAGCACGUCGUCGACGCCAAGGCCUGCGUCCAGGCCACGGCGGCGCUGCGCAAGUGCUUCACCCGCAACCCGGCCAUGUUCAAGCACAUGUACCUCCGCGUCAUGGACGAGUGCCUCGAUCACUAUCUCAAGCCGUCGCCCGGGCAGAUCGCCAUCAUCAGCGACGAGACGGUCGUCCUACAUCACGUGGCCAACGGCGGUUGCGCCAAGGACUUGGCCACGGCGAUCAGGGAGUGCCAGCCCAGUCCUCCAAAGGAGCUCAUCGAGGAGCGAGGGGACGCCACCAACCGCGUUGUCGACGUCAAUGCCUGCGUCAUGGCCACUGCGGCGCUGCGCAAGUGUUUCGCCAGCAACCCGGCGAUGUUCAAGCAUCAAUACCUCCACCGCAUGGAUCAGGGCCUCGACCAGGACUGGAGGCCGACAUCGGAGCUGGUCAAGGAAGAAGAGAAUGCCAAGUUUAGGUGGUGGACUGGCAUGAGGAGAAGCUAA